CGUGUAAAUGUUACCGAGUUGCACGCGGCAACCAAGUCGAUUCUUACCACGGCCGAGAAGCGAGCGUGCGCGGUGACGAGUGGUGAGACGUUAACGCAACGCAAGAAGGUGUUUGUGCAUUCAGUGCUCUCCCAACUAACGAGCGCCGUCUACACCACUCCUGCGUCCCCACUGCAACAGGAUGGCGUCGCCAUCUCGGUCGACGUGGCUAGAGCGGUGUAUGCUCGUAUCUCCCCCAUCCUGCAACGUUUCUAUGCUCCAGUCAUUUCUGGCAUACUCAAUGCGCAGGGUCACAGCCGCCUUUCGACUUCAAAGCAGAAUGAGCUGUCAUUUUAUUAG